GUUUGACUGUUCCACCAAACCACGCCUAACACUUGUUCGAAACCUUUCACCUACAUCUGAUCCUCCGCCACGCUUCUUUUACUUCGCACGUUAAUUAAUCUAAACACCAAGGGAACAAUUCAACUUCAUCGACGAUGGCUGGAGCCACGCGGGAUAGGCGUUUGGUUAAGGAGCUGGGCAAGAUUCAUAAGGAUGGAAUGCCCCCUGGUAUCACAUUGAUAGAACGCAACGACAGUGUUGCUGGCGACUGGUUUGUUGAUAUCCAGGUUCUCGACGACAAUCCGCUUUACAAGGACCAAAUCUACCGCCUCAAGUUCCACUUCCCCAAGAUGUAUCCCAUAGAGCCCCCCGAGGUCACCUUUGACAAGCAAGCCGAUCGGCCCAUUCCUAUGCAUCCUCACAUAUACUCCAACGGCAUCAUCUGUCUCGAUCUUUUAGGUCAACAGGGUUGGAGUCCCGUCCAGAGCGUUUCGAGCGUAUGCAUGAGCAUCCAAAGCAUGUUGACGAGCAAUGACAAAAAUGAGCGACCUCCUGGCGAUGAGGACUUCGUGCGAGGCAAUAAGCAACGGCCCCGAGACAUCGAGUUCCUCUACCACGAUAACACCGUGUGAACGGGACGAUGCGGUCUCGUCAUGUGCAGACGAAUGCAUGAGGACUCGGGAUAUUAAUAGCAUUCAUUUGGCGUUCAGGACACACCAUCUGGUCGUGGCAGGAGAUCAGCGU